AUGCCGCCGCCACUCACCCUCCUCCUGGCCGUCCUCCUCGCCGGCCUCCAACCCGCCUCCGCCGCGUCAUCCUCGCAAACGGACGCCCUCCUAGCCUUCAAGCGAUCCCUCACCAUCCCGCCCGCGGCCGCAGCCUUCUUCUCCACGUGGGACGCCGCCGCUGCCUCGCCUUGCAACUUCACCGGCGUCACCUGCGACUCCAGCCGCUCCGUCGUCAUCGGCGUGUCCGUACGGGAGCACGGAGUCGCUGCCGCGUCCGUCCCGUUCGGCAUCAUCUGCGGCUCGCUGACGAACCUCACCACGCUCUCUUUGCCGUCGAACGCGCUCGCCGGGGGCAUCGACAGGGUCGUCGCGUGCACGGGGCUUGAGGAGCUCACCCUCGCGUCCAAUGCCUUCUCCGGCGCCGUGCCGGACCUCUCGCCGCUGAUCCGUCUCCGCAGGCUCGACGUCUCGAAUAACAGCUUCUCGGGUGCGUUCCCCUGGGCCGCGCUGCCCGCCAUGCCAGGCCUCACCGUGCUCGCCGCGGGAGACAACCCGUUCUUCGAGCCGACCAGUUCUUUCCCCGCCGAGGUCACCGAGCUCACCAACCUCACCGUGCUCUACCUCUCUGCCGCCAACAUCGUCGGCGCCAUCCCGCGGGCUAUGGGGAGCCUAGUCAAGCUCGUGGACCUCGAGCUGGCCGACAACAACCUCACGGGCGAGAUACCCCCGGAGAUUGCCAGUCUCGUUAACCUCCGGGCCCUCGAACUGUACAACAGCUCCCUUACCGGAGCUCUCCCGCGGGGGUUCGGGAAGCUAACGAAGCUACAGUACUUCGACGCGUCACAGAACAUGCUGACCGGCGGCCUCUCCGAGCUCCGGUUCCUCACGCGGCUCGUGUCGCUUCACCUCUUCGACAACAGCUUCUCCGGCGAGGUGCCCCUCGAAAUCGGAGACUUCAAGGAGCUCGUCUACCUGUCACUCUACAACAACAGCCUCACAGGCGAGCUGCCGCAGAGCCUCGGGACUUGGUCGGAGCUGGAGCACGAACUCACUGACGGGGCCGAUCCCGCCGGACAUGUGCAAGAGCGGGAGGCUGCUGCUUGA